GAAGCAGAGAACAUUCAUGAUCUGGGAAGAAGGUUGGGAUCAGACGGACAUUUAAGACAAACCAUGUGAGGGAAGUCUUUGCUUUGGAGGCCAACAACAGUGGCACUGUGAAAAAAGAUGAUGGCUGGGAAGUGCUUUUCCACUGAUGAUCUACUUCUGAACCUGAUUACCUGUAUACACAGGAGCCAUGGAAAGGAUUGUCUGAUGGGAAAGUGAAUUGGCAGAAAGUUUUGAGAUAAGUGGAUGAGCCUGCUUGAACAUUCUCUACUGAGAAACCAGCAGCAGCACUGCGACCCAGAGCCUGAAGAGGAGGUCACCAUGAUCUCCACAGCUCUCCGCUGGCUGGUCCUGGUAACUUUCAUCAUUCUGACCAUUGGUGGGAAUGUGCUGGUGUGUUUGGCUGUUGGGCUCAGCCGUCGACUGUGGCGCAUUUCUAACUGCUUUGUGGUGUCGCUGGCAGUGACAGAUCUUCUGCUAGGCCUGCUAGUGCUGCCCUUGUCUGCCACUGUGGAGCUGCGCAGCGGAAAAUGGCCCCUCGGAGGAGCCCUGUGUAACAUCUACAUCUCACUGGAUGUCUUGCUGUGUACAUCCUCCAUCCUGACCCUGCUGGCCAUCAGUGUGGACCGAUACCUAGCCAUUUCAGCUCCCCUUAGCUACUCCCGGAGAGUUACCCCUCCAAGGGUGACACUGGCCAUGAUCGCCAUCUGGGCCUUGUCACUGGCUGUGUCCUUUGUGCCCAUCCACCUGGGCUGGAACACAGCAGACUACAGAGUGCAGCACUUGGACUGGGGCAUGGGGGAAGAGGACAAGGAGGGACGCUACUGCCAGUUUGAAUGGAAUAACAACUAUGUUCUAAUUUAUGCCACUGGCUCAUUUUACCUGCCUCUGCUGCUCAUGUGUGGAAUGUAUCUGUGCAUAUUCAGAGUGGCACAAGAACAGGUGCGGCGUAUUCGUGCUACCACUCCAUCAUUUGCACGCACAGCAUCAACUGCAGCCAUAGCCCGAGAGCACAAAGCUACAGUGACUCUGGCAGCUGUACUGGGGGCCUUUGUCAUCUGUUGGUUCCCCUACUUCACCUUUUUCACCUGCAUGGGAAUAAAGGGAAAGACAAACCCUCCUACUACACUUCACUCUGUGGUCCUGUGGUUGGGAUAUUUUAACUCUGCUCUUAACCCCAUCCUGUAUCCAGCCUUCAACAGGGAUUUUCGCACGGCCUAUGGAGAGCUGCUUUUCUGCAGAGGACUGUCUCGCAGAAAACUGUAGCUUACUCGUGUGUCUGUGCAUAAACGAUUGAGCUUUACUAAUGGACAAGGGCUUUCCCAACAGUCUGAGAAACAUAUAGACACAGUUAAGAAAGAAAAUGAGAGGAAGAGCCUCAGCCAACACAAGAGGAACACUAUCCCUGAUGAGCCAAGGUGAAAUGCCAUGGAUGUGUUGUUCCAUUGCUGGACUGGCAGCAAAAUGUUGAAAAUUACAAACCUGCUCCACUACUCACAGUACCAGAUUAGCUAACCAUUUACAGUAUCAGUUAGAUGUUUAGUGUAUUUAUUUUGUUAGUGUACUGGAUACAAAAGUAGUACAUGAAACAAAUCCAAAGUCCAUGUGCUUAGUCAAUAGGUGCCCAUUAUUUUCUUACUUUCUCUUAUUUUCUGAAAUGUCUGUUAGACACGUGUGAGCUGAGCUGAGUGGAAUGAAUAGAUGACUCAUUAAGUUUUCCAGCAAGCCGCAUGGAGACACAGGUGGUUAAAAGUUUGCAAAUUGUUUAUUUUUUCUCCCCUCAAUCCUGCCAAUGAAAGAGAAUAAGUGACCAGCAAGUUGAUUUGAUAUGUACAAUAUGUGUUUCUUUGACUUGAACCAAGCAGGAUGACCUUAAUGACUUCCUGGAUGUUUCAACAGAUUAACUGCAAUUGGACCAGACAUCUAUUUAAAAUAAGUGUAUUCUUAUUAUUUAUACAUACCUGCAACACCGUCUAACCCUCCGAGUUAUAAUGAGGACUGGUUGCAUCAAUGAAGUCACAUGGUUUACAAUGAAGCUGCUCCAAACUAUUCUGACUAUUUUUAAGACUUCUGCUGGACACACAUGUAAAAUCUACAUCCAUGAAAUUAUCGUUACAACUUUGCUAUCUUUAUGUACUGUAUACGUUGCUGUGAUUAUUCUUAUGCACAGACAGCUGAAAUAUCUUACUAUUUGUGUUCAGUGGUAAGGAAAUUGGAAUAGCUGUGAUACCAAGUAAUAUUUAAUUACUUUUAUAGUUAAUAUAUUAAUAAAAUAAGUUCUAUAUGCAAAGGCAGAAUAAUAAAAUUGCAUGUUUAUGUAUUGUAAGUAUGCAGUAUAUUUGUCCCUUAAAUGCAUUUUUUUUCAUUACUUUCUAAACCAUUUUAUGCUAAUAAGACUCACUCUUGCAUAUAGGCUAUCAAUAUAUUGCAGAUACUGUACUGUAUAAUGAGUAUUAGUAUUACAUCCUUUUAAUGAUUAAACAAGACCAUCAAUGGUAAUGUGCAGAUGGAAAUGGUUUUCAAGCAUUGUCAGUAACAAGACAAGGAAUGCUGAGUGUGAUUGUAAUUAAAGUUUAAUGUGAGCCUUGGUGUCGUCGAUGGUAGUUGAAGUAGGUUGAUAAGUUGAAGCAGGGAAAGCUAAGGAAAUCCCUAUUGGGAUGAAUUGAUGACUUGCCUCAAACUUGUAGAAGAGCGGAUGCUGCCAAGGAGGAGACAUUAGAUCACACUUCACGAAUAUAAGGUCUGAAAGUGGAAGCAAUCAAGCCAGCAGCAGCACAGUGACAUAUAAAAUGGAAGUCAUUAACUCUAAAUCAGGUCAGGUGGCAGAGGAGUAAACAGUGAGAAUGAAGGUGCAGGACCAUUUAUAGGUAGCAUUAAAUGCAGCUGAGUCCUCUGAAAUGAAGAAGAUGAACUUGUAAUACUGUCAUUUUCAGUCCAUUUCCAGCACAGUAAAGGUCUCUCAGAGUGUUGCAUGUGCAGCGACAUGGAGGUAAAAGAGUUGCCUCUAUAAAACUGACUGGAAUCCAUCUGAGGAGGCUCUAUGGCUUUAUUUACAUGCCAAAUGUGAUUUUGUGCAGACAUGGAAAAAAACAUGGAAAUAAGAUGUUUACAGGCUGCAGUAACUGCUGCAUAGUUAAAAAUUACAUCUUAGUUGUCUAAGUCACUGCUUCUGGCCAAGAAGUAGUUAUAGCACAUCGUUCCCUGUAACAAAAAGUUGUUUUAUUUAUUUAUUUGUUUAUACUAAUUAAACAAGGCAUGACAUGUUUAUUACUAAGCUUUAAAGAUGCUUAUAGGUGCAUUUUGGAACUUUGGACAGAGCCAGGCUAGAUGUUUCCCCUUCCUUCCAGUCUUUAUGCUAAGCUAGGCUAAUUGCUAAUUGUCGAUCUUCUCAUCUAACUCUCAGCAAGAAAGCAAUUAAGUGUUUUUCCCAAAACAUUCUUGAAAAAUGAUGUCAAACUGGUUAUUAUUAUUAUUAUUAUUAUUAUUAUUAUUAUUAUUAUUAUUAUUACAGGUUGGUGUUUUUUGUUUUGUAUUUUUUACAAAUAAGUUUCCCCCUACUUGACCUGAGAGUGCUUUUUUUUUUAUGUUUUUAUAGGUCCACUACAGACUGGUAGUUCUUAAGGGAAGGCCUAAAUACUUAAAACAAUAGCAUGAAUGCCAAAUCAUUAUCAUACUUGCCAAACGUCACCAUAGACAAAUGUUACAAAAAUGUAUUGUUUAUAUAAAUGUAUUGUUUAAUUUCUACAUUUUUUAGAAGUCUAUUUAUUAAUCUAUAUAUUUUAACUGUAUAUAUUUACUUUCAGGUAGAACAAUGGGAUAGCUGGUAAUAAAAUAAAGGAAACUUGCUGCGUGAUGACUUUAGAAAGCUGGUUUAAUGUGCAAUCAUUUGUUGCCAUUGCAUGUCAAUCGAAAAUAAUGGAUGCAUUUGAAAAUUACUGGUAAACCUCUACUAGACUUCUGUUCAGUCCUGUACAAUUUGGAUGCUCUUCUUUUCUUAGCCAUAUAAAACUCUGGAAAGAUCAUUUACAUUUGUGACAUUUGGCAAUGACCAGUUACAAAUGAAUAAUGAUGCAAUAUCACAUUUAGCCAUCAAGACUUAAAUUAAUUCAUUAGAUAUCUAUGUUCUUGCUCUACACACCAUCAGUCCUAACAACUACAGCCACUGCAGGCCAUCCAGCUUGCUGUUUCAACUAUUCAACAAGAGAUGGAUUAUGUGAAAUAAUGAUAUUUUGUUGUGAAGGUUUUGGAGCUUUUAACACAUGUCCUUGUUAAAUGAAUGAGAGAUGCAAGUGUUCUUCACAUCUUUUUUCUUUGUGAUGGUGAAUUACACCGAAUGUUUCUUUUUUUUAAUUACACAAUAAAAUGAUAGUUCAAAAUGUUAUUACUUGGUUGCCAAUCUUUGUUAAUCUGUGUAUUUAAGCUCUGAAAUCUACCUGCAUAUUGUAUAUAAAAAUGUACAUUAUAAUUAAUGUAUAUCAUAUAUCAUAUAUAUAUAUUAUUACAUAUGUAUAACUAAUGCAAAAAGGAGGUUAUUAUUUAUGUAUAGAUAAUACAAAAAUCAGGGACAUGAUGCAUUAGCUCUGGUUUGUAAUGCAUUCAUACUGUAAUGGCAAGUGCCUUUCAUGAAUAGUCUCAUUUAAACGUCAUCAGCCAGAGUUCUGGGCUUUUGUAAAUGUUUGAUGAUAAAUAGUGUGCUGCAACUGAACCAGGACUCUAAAAUACUGAACAAAAGGAAUAAUGUGCAAAAUAAAAGGAUCCACCUCUGAUUAUCAGCAUCCCAAGAUAGUCAAGCCACAUGAUAGAACAGUCCAAUAAUGUGCUUUUUAAUCAUGUUAAAACUGUGUUAAGAGACUUACAGGUCCACAAUGGCUCCAUGCAGUGUGCGUCAUCGUGUGUUUUAUGAAAAUGUAUCGCUGACUCAGAAGUGUGCUAAUCCAAUAUUUUUUGUUUGUUUCAUUAUUUAUAUACCGCACUACCUAGCGUGAUCUGAGAUGUCGAGGCUCUCAUUUUCAUUGUGAUUAUCUCUGUUUACUCUUAUCAUUUCCUAUGUUACAUC